AUGAAGUCUACUUCGAAAACGCUGGUGGUCUCACCACAAGCCCUCAGAGGAGCCUGCUCUAGGCUCAAUUUACAGCCCGACUCCUUUCUCAAAACCGCAUGGGCAAUCACAGGCCACGUCCACACAGACUCCGACGAUGUGAUUCUGGCGAGUCUGCGCCAGAGUAACAGCCAUGGAGAUGGCUACUAUGUCACGAUGCGCAAUCUGCACACUGGGCCUGGUUCCGUUACUGUUGGCACCCUCUUACAUCAAGUGAGCCAAGCUGCAGUAGCGGAAGACGCCGGUGACUCCCUGGAACUCAGCGAUUGUCCUAUCCGGUUCCUUGUUACAGAGGAUGAGCUACCUUCCUCAAUCGCUCACAUUGCUGCCGAAGAGCUUUUUUACACACUGGUGCUCUCUGGGCAAGAACCGAAUCAAUGCCACAUAAAUGUCUCUGGUGCAGCACACGAGCAGAAGAUGGAGGCUGUGGCAGCCACUUUCCGAAUAAUUUGCCAUCAACUACUUAGCCCCAGCGUCAGGCUGGAUUUAGGAAUUGACCAGAUUGACUUGUUGCCUUUCCAUGAGGUAGCGCAGCUCUCCAGAUGGAACAACAACACUCAAUCAGACAGUCAAGAGUGUAUUCACACUAUCGUCACCGCUCACGCUUUCCAUCGCCCCAGAGAUCUGGCAAUCUGUGCCUGGGACGGCAGCUUCACCUAUGCCGAGUUGGAUUACUACUCCGAGGUGGUGGCCCGCCACUUUGUCGCCAAGGGAUGGUGCCAAGGCGGCUUUAUCAUCUCCAAGAUGCUGAAAUCGCGAUGGAGCAUGGUUGCUAUGCUGGCUAUUCUCAAAGCUGGCUGCGUCUUUGUCCCCGUGGAUCCUCGAGCUCCCGCAGACCGUGUGGCUGCAAUCGCCAGUGAAGUCUCUGCCAAGUGCCUCAUCACCAACUUUGUCGACGAGGCCCUGCCAAACUUUGGAAAUGAUGUUGUGAUCAUGGAGAACCUUCCGCAAGUGGCCGAGACCAGCACAAUCGACUCGGAGCCACUCCCUCAAGUGGCCGCCACCGCGCUCGCCACUGCAUUUUUCACCUCAGGAAGUACAGGAGUUCCCAAGGGCGUUCUUCACGAGCAUCAAGCCAUUUGCAACGGCAUCAGAGACGUUCUCCAACCCUUCCACAUAGACCAACACACCCGAUGCUUGCAGUUCGCUUCGCCCGCCUUUGACGUCACAAUGUCGGAGACGUUGACAAUUCUUUACGCUGGAGGCUGCAUCUGUAUUCCCAACAACCAGGAGGUUGUUGAUGACAUCAACGCAAGCAUGGCGAAGCUUCAAGUUACGCAUGCUUUUCUUACGCCGACUGUCGCCGCGCAGGCCGAGCCGACAGUUGCUUCCUCUCUCAAAUAUCUCAUCGUUGGAGGUGAGCCUCUACGGAAGUCAGAGGUGGUCUCGCUGAGUCCGAAGUUGAAUCUCAUCAAUACCUAUGGCGGCACUGAGAUGGGUAUCUGGGAGACCUCUACACUCUCGUUAACACCCGAGAGUGACAACCGGAAUGUAGGCCAUACCGUUGGUGCCAAGAUCUGGAUUGUUCACCCUCACAAUCACGACAUCCUCCUUCCCAUCGGUAUGCCCGGCGAGGUUUUCGUCGAGAGCAUUGCACUUGCCAGAGGCUACUACCGACCGGUCGAUAGACGAGCAUUUAUCGACGAGCCCAAGUGGCGUGGAAGGUUCCCCAACCGCAAUACAGCUCGGUUCUACCUCUCAGGAGAUCUGGGACAGUACGAAGCCGACGGAACUCUGAUUCUACUCGGCCGGAAAGACACCCAGGUGAAACUGAGAGGCCACCGCAUCGAGCUGGGUGAAGUCGAGCACCACCUCGGCAAGAGUCUUCCUGGCCAAGAACCUGUUGUUGAAGUCGUCAAGGACUUGGCAUCAUCCAGGGGCUCGGCGACUCUGGUGGCGUUUGUUGUGUUCCCCGGAUCUGAUGCGGAACAGCCCAGCGAGCAGCAACUCGCUGUCGCGGCAGAAGUCAGGACGCGAGUCACAGCUGAUCUCUCCCGUUUCUUGCCCGCCUACAUGAUUCCAGCCGUUUUCAUACCCAUCUCCUCGGUUCCACUUACAGUGUCUGGGAAAACCGAUCGCCGUGUGCUCAGACUGGUAGCGCAACGACUUUCAUCGAGCCAACUUACGAUUCUUCGUGGUGCUCAGGGGUCUGUUGAGGCGCCGGAGACUGAGGCUGAGCUGCAGUUGCAAUCAGUCUGGUCUUCGACCCUCGACGUCGAUCCCAUCAUGAUUGGAAAGAACACGUCCUUCUUCGAGCUCGGUGCAGAUUCCAUCGCUGCAAUGAAGGCGGCCAGCGCGGCUAGAGCUAUCGGUCUGUCUUUGGGCCUGUCAGAAUUCUUCAGGUACCCGAAGCUUUCCGACCUAGCCAAGUUUGCAUCAGAAGCAUCAACUGGAGUAGCAGAGGAUCAGGUGGCACCAUUUUCGCUCGUUCCACUUGAUGCUGCUAUGGAACUACGCCGGGAAGCUGCUCAGCAAUGCAACACCUCUCCCGCGGACCUCGAAGACCUCUACCCAUGCACCCCUCUUCAGGAAGGUCUGAUCUCACUUUCGUCUAAGCAUGACACCUCGGAGGCGUACAUCAGCAGGAAGGUCUUCAACUUGCCCAGUCACAUCAACAUGUUUCAGUUCGAGGAAGCAUGGAAUAUCACGGCUCAAGCCCACCCCAUUCUCCGAACCAGACUAGUCAACACCGCUGACCGGGGGAUGCUCCAGGCCGUGGUCAAAGGUCCUUUGGCUUGGAGGUUUGAAAGCGAUCUGAAUGGAUACUUGACUGGAGACGCGCAACAGCCGAUGACUUUCGGUACGCCACUCUGCCGAUAUGCCUUGAUCGACGUUGAGUCAGGAACACAGAGGACUCCCGUCUUCGUCUGGACCAUUCAUCAUUGCAUCUACGACGGAUUGUCGAUAUCCAUCAUCCAGGACGCUUUCUGGAGGGCGUACAAUGGCCAGAACGUCGCCCCUUCUCCUCCAUUCGGCAACUUCAUCAAGUUUGUCAAUGAUAUCAAUGUCAAUGCUUCCCUGAGUUUCUGGAAGUCGUAUCUAGAUGGGCCAGACCUGUCCUUUUUCCCUUCGGUCCCAUCUUCGAUCUCCACACCUAAGCCUGACUCGACCGUGGUGCGUGAAUUCCCUUGGACUUGGAAGCCGACGAAUGGUCUCAGCACAUCUACACUCUUGAAGACUGCGUGGGCUAUAGUUUCGGGCAGAUACUCUGGCUCUCGGGACGUCAUCUUUGGAAACACUUUGAGUGGCAGGAAUACUCCCGUGCCUAUUCCUGGCCUUGAUGUCAUUACUGGCCCUACGAUAGCAACUGUUCCGGUUCGUAUUCGCUGGGAGCCUAAGAUGACAAUCGUGGAACUUCUCGAGGCGGUUCGGCGCCAAGAGUCCGAUAUGCGGCACUUUGAGCAAACGGGCCUGCAAAACAUUUCGCGCAUCAGCUCAGAUGCUCGAGGAGCAUGCCAAUUCUCCUGUCUCUUCUUGGUACAGCCUCCUGCCACUAUCUAUCAGGCUCAGCUGAAGGAAGUCUUUGGUGUCGAGGACCAUGACAAGUCUACAGAAUACGAUGAUCAUCCUCUGUCCAUCGAGUGUGAGAUGGAUAAGCAUCAACUACGCGUCAUUGCCACCUUCGACAGCCGCGUUCUGCACGAGGAACGACUGGAGAGAAUCGUCACCCUUUUCCAGCAGACGGUCUUGUAUCUGAGCAGCAACUUUCAGUCCCAGAUUUCCUCCUUGAACCUGGUCACCGAUGCAGACAUUUACCAGAUCCAGGAGUGGAACGAGAUACCGCCGACGGUUGUCCGAAGACAGGCACACGACCUCUUCCGCCACCAAGCCAGGCUGCGUUCAACUCACACUGCCCUCAGCUCUUGGGACGGUGUGAUGACAUACUUUCAGCUCGACGAUGCCUCGGAUCGCCUUGCAGGUCACCUCCAUGCCCUCGGAGUUGGGCCGGAUGUCUUGGUUCCCAUCUGCUUCGAAAAGUCCCUCUGGGCGAUAGUCGCGAUGCUGGGUAUCUUGAAGGCCGGUGGUGCUUUUGCUGUCGUUGAGCCUUCCCAUCCUCUCGACAGAAAAGAAGUCAUUGUUCGGCAGCUCGGCGCCAAGGUCGCUGUUGUAGCGCCUUCGACCGAGGGACUGUUCCCAUCCGGAAGACCCUUGCCGAAUGGCAGCACAGACAACGCCAUGUAUGUCAUCUUCACAUCUGGCUCUACGGGUACUCCGAAAGGAUGUGUGACUGAGCAUUGGGCCUUCUGCUCGGCCAUGUACGAGUUUGGCCGUGAUAGCGGCUUACGAUCCGACGGUCAAGUCCUGCAAUUCGCAUCCUACAGCUUCGAUACCAGCUCAGAAGAGAUCUUCUGCACGCUCUUUGCGGGUGCUACCCUUCACAUCCCUUCGGAAGCAUCACGUAUCAACGACCUGGCUGGUGAGAUCCGUCGGACAAAGACCAACUGGGCCGAACUCAACCCCAAGGUUGCUUCGCUCCUCAUUUCCGAAGAAGUUCCCUCUCUAAAGACCAUCAUUCUUGGAGGUGAUCGAUCCCACGGAAGCGAUGUCAGCCGAUGGCCCGAGAGCACCAAUCUCCUCAACUCGUAUGGUUGCACCGAGGCAUCCGUUACAUCUACCCUCAUCCCUCUUGACAGACGGAGCAACGAGGAGCCUCCCAUCGGCAAAGGUGUCGGCUGUAACCUCUGGAUCGUUGAUUCUGACAAUCACGACAUGCUCGUCCCCGUUGGUGCACCCGGUGAGCUUCUUAUUGAGGGGCCGGGCCUUGCUCGUGGCUAUCUCGGGGACCCCGAGCGCACCGCAAAGUCCUUCAUCUUCGACCCAGCUUGGGCCAAUGAUGGAUCCGGAAGGAAGCGUCGCUUCUACAAGACGGGUGAUCUUGUGCACGCCAAUGACGAGGGUGCUGUUUUCUACCAUGGUCGUAAAGAUACGCAGAUCAAGCUUCGAGGUCAGCGCGUGGAGCUCGGCGAAAUUGAGCAUCAGCUAGCCCAGGCACUCCCAGAACUUGAUGUGUCUGCCGAGAUCGCGACGAUGCAGGCCAACAGUCAAGCUCCGGAUACCCUCGUUGGAUUCAUUGUUUUCCCCAACGAUGAGGAGCAGUCUGCUGAAGUCGCUACAUGCCUGGAUGCUGCGACGGUCGAGAAGCUAGCCUCCAUCAGGCCCAAGCUCAUCGCGGAUCUCUCGCGGUCUUUGCCGGCCUAUAUGGUCCCAACUCUGUUCGUUCCCAUGAACAGAAUGCCCUUGACAAUCUCAGCCAAGGCAGAUCGCCGAAAGCUUCGUGCACUCGCUCAAGGCUUGAGUCCCGAAGACCUCGCCCUGCUGCAGGGAACCUCAGAUGUCAAGGAGCAGCCACAGUCCCAAGCUGAAGUCAAUAUGCAGGCUGUGUGGGCUGGAGUCCUCGGGGUCAAGACUGAGACCAUCGGUCUCGACGAUAAUUUCUUCCGAAUCGGCGGAGAUUCGAUUACUGCCAUGAAGAUGGUCCCUGUCGCACGACAACUCGGUCUUCAUAUUUCAGUUGCCGACGUUUUCCGCACUCCAAUCCUGAGAGAUCUCGCUUCUCAAGCUGCCGCAAGUGACCAACCGUCUCAGGUUGAACAUAUUCCUGCAUUUUCUCUCAUUGACCAAAGUGAGAAGGAAUCAAUCGUCGUCGAGGCAGCCAAGCAAUGCGGUGUACGACCUGAGGAAGUGGAGGACGUCUAUCCUUGCACGCCUCUUCAGGAGGGACUAAUGUCGCUUUCCGCAAAGCAGCAUGGCUCGUACAUCAUGCGUCAAGUCCUGGUGCUAUCGACUGACAUCCGCAUGGCCGAUUUCCAUCAGGCUUGGGAGCAGGUUGUUCAGGCGCACCCGAUCUUGCGGACGCGGAUUGUCAGUGUGGGCUCCAAUAUGUAUCAAGCCAUCACCACUCGGUCACUGUCAUGGAACACCAGCAUUGACCUUGACCACUACAUCGCGCACGACGAUUCUCGGGAGGUUGAGUUUGGAGCACCUCUCAGCCGAUACGCAAUCAUCCCCUACUACGAUAGGUUCUUUUUCGUUUGGACGCUACACCACUGCAUCUACGAUGGCUGGUCACUCCCACUCCUCCUCACCGACCUCUCCAAGGCCUACAACAAGACCUCGCGCGGAGACUCGGAUAUUCCGGGGUUCAAUACCUUCAUUAAGCAUCUGAAUGGACUGGAUAAGACCGAUUCAGACACCUUCUGGUCAUCCUACCUCGAAGGCCCGAGUACCACAUUCCCUGCUUCACUGCUCCCGAACCAGACUGCCCAGCCCAGUGCAACCCAUGACGAGAAUAUUGGUUUCUCUGUUAACUCCAUUGACGGUAUCACUUCAUCGACCAUUCUCCGCACUGCUUGGGCUCUACUCACGCGAAGCUACACCGGCGAUUCGGAUGUGGUCUUUGGCAUGACAGUCAAUGGCCGCAACGCACCUGUUCUUGGCAUCGAUCGGAUGAGUGGCCCGACCAUUGCCACCAUUCCUGUUCGUGUCCGUUGGGAUUCUAAGGGGAGCACCAACAUCCGUUCCUUGCUCGAGUCUGUGCAGCAGGAUGCCACAACCAUGAUUCCGUUCGAGCAGACAGGCCUGCAACACAUCUCUCGUCUACACGAGGACGCUCAAGCUGCUUGUCAGUUUGGCACUCUGUUCGUUGUUCAACAGGAUGACAGCGAGGAAGAUAAAGCCGUAGCAAACAUCAUGGAGCUCUACGACGCGUCCGAGGACACUUCAGCCCAGUUCACCACCCAGCCAUUGCUAGUUGAGUGUGUGAUGGAGGCAUCGUCAAGAACCGUCUCCCUUCGGAUGAGUUACGACCCAAAGUUGCUGGAUUCUUUUCUGGUUUCUGGAAUGGCGCAGCAGUUCAAGCACAUUCUGUCGCAGCUGGUCGAGAUGGAGAACCUCGACAAGCCCAUCGGAGACCUUCAUCUCAUCAACCCAGCCGAUCAUGAGCAGGUUAUGAAGUGGAAUGAAGGACGGGUCAAUCCCAUUCACAAGACCAUGCACGACCUUGUGAGUGCUGCCGCCGUCGUCAAUGCCACACGUCCUGCUAUCAGCGCCUGGGACGGCGAAAUGACGUACGCGGAACUUGAGUCGGCAUCUUCGCAAGUUGCUGGUCGACUUCGCAGCGUCGGCGUUGGCAGCAUUGGCCAAGGUGAGAUGGUCUUGUUGUGCUUUGAGAAGUCUCGAUGGGCUAUCGUCUCGGCACUCGCGAUUCUCAAGGCUGGCGCGGCAUUUGUUGCUCUUGACCCAGCCCAGCCGGAUGAUAGACUCGCGACGAUUAUGAAGCUGUCGAAAGCUCGUCUUGUCUUGACUUCCAAGGGCUUGGAGGAGCGCUUGACACGCCUCUCCAAGAACACACCCAACGUCGUAUGCACCUCGGAGCUUGUUGCUUCGGCAGACACCGCCACUCCCUUCGUCAAGCGGCACAGAGCUUCCGGUAGUGAUGCCCUCGUCAAAGGAGUCAUCUCAUCACCUGAAGAUCUUGCCUACGUCAUCUUCACUUCUGGCAGUACUGGUGUACCCAAGGGUGUCAUGAUCAGUCAUCGCGCGGCAUCUUCGAGUAUGAUGGCUCAUGCUGAGCGCUUUGGGGUCGACUCUUCGAGUCGUACGCUACAAUUCUCAUCCCUGACGUUCGAUGCUUGCAUUUUUGAGAUCUUCACAACGCUUGCCACCGGCGGCUGUAUCUGUAUGCCUUCAGAUGCCCAGCGUGUGGAUGAUCUCGCAGCAGCUAUCAACUCCUAUUCCAUCAACACCGUCAUGUUGACGCCGUCCGUUUUGGCGCUGCUAUCACUAGAAGAUACACCUUCACUUCGCUCCAUCAUUUUCAUCGCCGAGCAAGUCACUGACAAUGACAUCUCACGCUGGUCUAGCCAAUGUCGCAUCCAGAAUGGUUACGGGCCUACAGAGUGUACUGUCGUUUGCGUCGUUAAUCCCGAUCUUCGGGACGGCGGUCGCAUCGGCCACGCUGUCGGUUGUCGUGCGUGGGUUGUUGACGCCGAUAACAUCGACAAGCUGGUGCCGAUCGGAUGCACCGGUGAGCUUCUCAUUGAAGGACCUAGUCUCGCCAUCGGAUACCUGAAUGAUGCGCAGCGAACGUCAGAAUCAUUCAUCUUCAAUCCCGCUUGGGCACUCGGCGACGAGCCUUCGGCAACGCGCCGUUUCUACAGGACAGGUGACUUGGUGCGGCAGACAAGCAACGGCUCCUUCAUCUACCUCGGACGCAAGGAUACCCAGGUCAAGCUCCGUGGUCAGAGGAUUGAGCUUGGGGAGAUCGACUUCCACAUUCGCCGUGCUCUCCCGUCGGCCACUGUACGUUCAGAUAUCGUUGAUCUUCAGCAACAAAAGGCUGGCAGCGGCAUGCUCAAGGCAAUUGCUGCCUUUGUCGUCCUUGAUGGUGUCGACGUAAACAUCGAGAGUAACGCUGGUAUAAGCGCUGAUUCACUCAAGCAGGUUGGUGAAGCUGCCUCUACUGCUGUUGCUGAGCUGGGUCGCUCGGUGCCACCUUACAUGGUCCCUUCAAUCUUCAUCCCCAUUUCCAAGAUGCCUCUCACUGUCUCUGGAAAGACGGAUCGUCAAAGGCUCAAGGCCAUCGCAGCCAAGGUCCCCCACAAGCACCUCAAUACCUUGCGAGCCCUUCAACGCGGAGUAACAGGCGACGGACUCAAGGUUGCACCUCGCAACGAUGUCGAAAAGCGCAUGCAAUCCGCCUGGUCAACCGUCCUACAGCUGGAUCCCGAGAGCAUCGGCAUCAAUGACAGUUUCUUCCGUCUCGGUGGAGACUCCAUCUCUGCGAUGAAGCUUGUUACAGCUGCGCGAUCAGUCGGCAUCUCCAUCACCGUGUCCGACAUCUUCCAGACGCCCAUUUUGGCCAACCUUUGUCGGUGCAGUAGCAACGAGAGCGAUGAGAUUGAAGUCAUUCCACCGUUUUCUCUCAUCUCAGCAUACGACACCCUGAUGCAUCAAGAGGCUGCCCGACAGUGCGGUGUGGCUCCUGAAGCCCUCGAAGACUUGUAUCCUUGCACCCCGCUUCAACAGGGCCUUAUCUCGCUCUCGGUCAAGGAAGAGGGAUCUUACAUCGUUCGCGAGACCUUCCGCCUCCGCAGUGUGCGCGUGAGCCGAUUCCAGAAGGCUUGGGAGUACGUCGCGAACAUUCACCCUAUUCUUCGCACCCAGCUCGUGCAUCUGGACACCUACGGAACUCUUCAGGCCGUGAUCAGCACCAAACAGGCAAUGCGGUGGCGCACGGCUUCCUCUCUGGAGGAGUAUCUUGCCCAAGACGAGAAAGAGACCAUGGGCCUGGGUACACCCCUCAGCCGGUAUGGUCUUGUGUUGCCGACCAACCUGGCGGACGACGCCAUCUUCAUCUGGACUGCCCAUCACGCCAUGUACGAUGGUUGGUCGAUGCCCAUCAUCAAGGAGGCUGUUGCCACAGCGUACAUGGAAGUGAUGCUCCCUGAGGCUCCUGCAUUCAACACAUUCAUCAAGCACAUCCAGGGAGUCGAUGCGACCGCCGCUCAGUCAUUCUGGAAGUCUUACUUUGACGAAGCAGGUGCUUCACCUUUCCCUGCUGUUCCACACGGAGCUUCUCUGGAGUUCCGAGCCGACAGGUCCGAGAAGGUAAACCUGUCUUGGAAGUCCCGACAACGUGAUGGAGUCACCGUAUCGACUCUCCUCCGUGCAGCAUACGCCAUCGUCGUCGGGACGUACACCGGUUCCUCUGAUGUUGUCUUUGGCACGACAUUGAGUGGCCGCAACGUUCCUGUACCUCGCGUUGAGACUAUCGUUGGCCCAACUAUCACGACUGUACCAGUCCGGUUGUCUUGGGAUGCCAAUAUGACCGCACAGGAGCUGCUGCAGAACGCCCAGCGCCAGGCCACCACGAUGAUGCCUUUCGAGCAGAUGGGUCUAGUCAACAUUGCAAAGAUCAGCGAAUCAGCCAAGAGAUCUUGCCAGUUCCAGAGCAUUUUUGUCGUCCAGCCUGAGAAAGAUGACGACAGUGCUGCGUGCGAGAGUCUCUUUGGUGACCAGCUGAGCAAUGCCUCCAGCAGCGAGGAGACUGCUUCUCCUCAGACUUACCCCCUGGGUAUUGAGGCGACGGUCGAGGGCAAUGAGCUUGAACUAUCUGCCACCUAUGACAGUCGCAUCAUUGAUCCCCCUGAGAUGCGCCGCAUCUUGCAUCAGGUCGGGCAUGCCGCCUCGCUCCUCGACCAGAACCCCAAUCUUCCCAUCUCAGCAUUGAACUUGGCCGGCAAAUCAGACUUGUCUCAGAUCCAGGCAUGGAACGCCCGAGGUCCUCCAGCAGGAGCGCGAGAGGCUGUGUACACCAUUAUUAGUCGCAAUCCCUCCUCGGCGCCCGCUGUCAGUGCGUGGGAUGGUGACUUGACAUAUGCCGACUUGACCAGGCUCUCUAAUGGCUUGGCCCAUCGCCUCCGCGGCAUGGGAGUCGGCGUCGGCGCCGAGACUGUGGUCGCCUUCAGCCACGGGAAGUCCAAAUGGGUUCCAGUCAUUAUGCUUGGUAUCCUCAAGGCAGGUGGUGCGUUCGUUGCUUUGGAUGCUGCUCAGCCUGAAAGCCGUCUCAAGUUCAUCGUCGAAGAAGCUAGGAUCGGCGUCCUUCUCACUUCACCUGAGCUGGCAAAAUCGCCCUCGUUGACGAAUCUCCCUGUCACUCCAGUCUUCCCAGCGUCGCUCGAGUACUCGAUCGAGGAGAAGGAGACUACCCCGCCACCUGCUCACAGUGUCUCUCCACCUGACUCCCUGGCAUAUGUUGUCUUCACGUCUGGCAGCACGGGUGUGCCAAAGGGAGUGAUGGUGUCUCAUUCUGCUGCGGCCUCCAGCACUUUGGCCCACGGCUCCGCCAUGGGAAUUACUUCCGAGAGUCGAGUCUUGCAAUUCGCUUCUUACACUUUCGACGCCUGUGUGCUUGAGGUACUUGGCACUCUGCUCGCUGGAGCUUGUGUCUGCAUCCCCUCGCCGGAGGAGGCUACCGAGGACCUGAACGCAGCAGUCCGCAAGUAUGGUGUUAACUUUGCUGCUCUCUCACCUCGAGUCGCUUCUCUCCUUCGUCCUAAGGAGGUCCCAGCCAUCAAGGCUAUUGCACUGGGUGCUGAGGUUGUGACGAGCUCAGAUAUCCAGCGAUGGGAGGGCCGACGUGUGAGUAACGGUUACGGCCCGACCGAGUGCACCGUUGUGUGCGUCUUGGAGUCUAGCAACCACAAGCCUGGACGCAUCGGAAGAGGUGUUGGCUGUAUCUGCUGGAUCGUGGACCCUGAAGAUCCGAACAAGCUGGCACCUGUCGGUGCGCCUGGAGAGCUUCUCGUCGAGGGACCAUGUCUGGCUCGCGGAUAUCUUCAUCAAGAAGAGAAAACCCGGGCCGCCUUCGUACAGGAUCUUGCCUGGACUCAAGGUUUCCCCAGUCCUAGUAGCAGGCCCACACGUUUCUAUAAGACCGGCGACAUUGUCAGGUACGACUCAGACGGUGGCAUCUUAUUCAUCGGCCGAAAGGACAACCAAGCCAAGCUCAGGGGUCAGCGCAUUGAACUCAGCGAAGUUGAACAUCAUAUGCGUCGCGCUCUACCUGAGUGCCACGUCGUUGCCGACAUCGUCAGCUUCCCUCAACAGAAGAACGACUCCAUGGCCUUGGUCGCCUUUGUCGUGCCUUCGAGCAGCAAGGCAUCGGGCAACUCCCUCGGAUCCAUGCUUCCGCUCGACAGCGAAGCAGUCAAGGCCUUUGCUCAAUCUUGGGCGAAGGCAACAGUGGAGAUGUCUCAUGCAGUGCCGCUUUACAUGGUUCCCACGCUCUAUAUCCCUCUCGACUCAAUCCCACUCACCUCGUCGAGCAAGGUCGAUCGUCGCAGACUUCAGGCUAUUGUUGCAGACGUCACUACCGAACAAUUGGAACUUCUCCGUGGCGUUCAAGGUGUGAAAGAAGCUCCACGCUCGUCCCUGGAAAAGAGCGUGGUGUCUGCCUGGGCACAUGUCCUUGGACUUAACACCGGCAAGAUUGGCAUCCGGGACAGUUUCUUCCGUCUUGGAGGCGAUUCUAUCACAGCUAUGCGCCUGGUGCCAAUUUUGGCCGAGGGUGGUCUGACGCUCCGUGUCUCUGAUGUCUUCAAGUAUCCGGUCUUGGCCAGUUUGUGUCGCCAUCUCCAAGGGGAUGAAGACCGCACAGAUGGGUCUUCCUCCUCGACAGACGAGUGGUCAGAUCUUGGCGGCAGUCAAGAUCUCACUCCCGACGCUGAGCAUAUCGAUGAAGAGGCCCUGCAAGUUGCUGCUGCUGAAAACAUCGCCAUUGGUACCGAAUUGUCUUCAGUGGCACAAGCUUCUUCAAGCAGUCCAGCCGAGUACCACAUCACACCGGCGUCAGACUUCCAAGCUCUUGCAUUCGAGUUCUCUCAGCUCCGGAACCGCGGGUUUGUCAACUACUUCGUCCUCCGCUUCCUCGAUCGCUUCAGUCAUGAACGCAUCCGCAAUGCAUGCACGCAACUGGUUCAGCACCACUCCAUCCUUCGCACCAAGCUCAAGCUUGCCAAUGGCCGACUCUGGCAGCUUGCUGCGUCCAGGACCUCUUUCCAGCCCGCUUUUGAGUUCUUUCGCGUCACUUCGGAUGAUGUCGUCUCUUUCACCACGCGCUUGAUCGAGACUGAUGAGGCCCGUCGCUUGGGUUCCGAUGAGAUUCCUACCAAGUUCUUCAUCGUCGAGUCCGCCUCGCAAACUCAACUUGUCAUGAGGCUUGCUCAUACGCACUAUGACGGCCUGUCCUUCCCACUUCUUCUCCAAACGCUUUCCCAGGCUUUGAAGCGGAGUGAACUUGCUCCUGAAGUCUCCUUCGCCAAGUUUUCUUCCAGUAUCCAGGCUCUUCCUUCUCGGCACUCCAUGUCAUACUGGCGACACCUCCUUGAGAACUCGCAGAUGACUCCAGUCAUCACUCCUGCUGCCAUCACCGCCAACGACGGAAUUGAGGAUCACAUUACUCGGCUUGUGACCUUGCCAAAUCUUUCUCAAGCUAGUGUGACCUUCGCCAGCGUUCUCAAGGCCGCCUGGGCCAUCGUCCUUGCCCAACACUCGAGUCUCUCCGACGUUGUCUUUGGCUGCCUGGUGUCCGGUCGAUUCGCUCCGGUCGCUGGCAUCGAGUCCGUGGUAGGACCUUGCGUCAAUCUAUCUCCUGUCCGCGUCAACAACAUCUUGAAGGACACUAGCACGCGUUCUUUCCUGCAAGCCGUUCACGCCCAACACACCAAGAGCAUGGAGCACGAGCACGUCGGGUUCCGUCGCAUCAUUACGGGAGCCACGUCUUGGCCAGCUCGAACUUCUUUCGCGGGCGCGUCCAUCGUGCAGCACCAAAACAUCCCUCUGGCCGCUGAGCUCAACGAAACGACACCAGACUUGCCUUUUGAGUUGAGCGCCAAGGGAGGUACCUCGAAUGCUGCUGCUAUCUGGAUCAUUACUACUUCCCGUCCUUCAGAGGGCCUUUUGAGUAUCGAGCUUACUCACGCCCUCAACACGAUCAAUCACAACACCGCCGAGACUCUUUUGCAGGCACUCUGUGUCGCUAUUGAGCAUUUCGGUCACCACUGGGACUCGGAAGCAUCGCUUCCCGACACUCGAAGCCAGAAAACCAAGACCAACAACGCGCCACUCUUGCCUGGCGGACCAAUUGGCGAUGUCGCUGAGUCUGUCGCGUCUUCCGACGUGCAAAGUCCUGAUGAACAGGCCCGCGCGGUGGUCAAUCAGGCGUGGAGCUUGUUGCAAAAGGCACAUUCCCGAGACACAUCGUCAGAAGGAAUACCUACCUCCAUGUUCGACGUUUGGAAUGACAACCUCGUCGCUGUGGCUUUGAAGGGCAUGUAUGAGAGCCUGGACGUUUUCCUUGAUCUUGAGCAAUUGCUUCAGCAUCCAACGAUGGAAUCGCAAGCAAGCUUGCUGACUUCUUUGGACUUCUGAGUUUUGUACUUGUAGUUAUCAUUUUUUCCUUGUUUGUCUGAGAAUGUCUCUCGGGAACAGUACUUGACUGCUAGAAUGG